AUGAAAUUUAAAUGUGCGAUUUGUGGGAACGUGUUGGGAAAAGCCGAUGGAAGAAGCUCGUCCCUGACGAAGAGUUUCAACAUGAUUCUGUUAUUGUGUCACUCAUUGGCCGGCGAACGGCAUAGUGAAAGCGCACGUACUCUGGCUGAGUCCAUUACAAGACACAACAUAAAGAUAUGCCACGUUCACGCAGUUCACGCGGCUCAAUAUUUGGCGGCAGAAAUGGCGCUGGCCGGGAAAAGAUUCUCACACUUCAGAGAUCCCAAAGCUCAUGGGCGCACAGCGUUUGUAACUGAUCUGGACAUCCCUAAAGAUAUAGUAUCGGUUUUGAAUACCUUGGCAAAAGGUAGCGUCACGAUCACACCUCGUGAAGUCAGCAAAUUUCUCAAUGAUGCCCUGAAACGUUACUAUUCAACGCCCUUCUGGCCCGUUACGGAACAGGAUGAUCGGGUCUACGUCAAAAGUGAAGUUGUCGAAGCUGAAGAUGAAUGGGAAGCAGCGAACGCAAGCACUGCCGCCGAUGGGUCGACGGCAGAAGAGGAUAACGAAGAACCCUCUCUUUGUCCUCCUGAAGUGAGUGCAAAGGACUUGCUAGGUGAUGAUCUGUCGGAGUGUUGCUCUGACACAUUAGAAAAUGCGUCGGAGAGCUCCAAGACGUCUUCAUCUUUUUUCGAACCCGUGAUCCGAAAGACUGAUCCCGAUGUGUUCGAUCGGUAUUUUCUUGUGAAAGGAUCCCAGCUAAUGGAGUUGUUUCAAUUCUGUCCUCGAUGUGGAUGCCGAUUGAAUGGAACGGAAUUGGUCGGUGUCGGUGUUGCGGCCGUUGUGAAAUUCGUUUGCAAAGGGUGUAGCACUGAUACACCAAAUGUGCAAUUGUGGAAAAGUCAAGAACUUCCAGUAAACCACUCUAAGGAGAGAACUUGA